AUGCAGGCGAGUAAAAUUUUAAAAAAAUUAAUUCCAAAAGUUAUAACUAACAUUACAAGGAGUUAUAGAGUCACUGUUGUGGGAGGAUCAAGCGAAGUUGGACAAACAGUAUCCCUGAUGUUACGAGCUCAACCAUCCAUCACUAGAUUAAACAUUCACGACACUCUGAUUCAAACGCCAGGUGUCAUAUUAGAUUUAUCACAUAUCCCAGCAGAAUCGUAUUUAAAAGGUUACGUGGGAGAAGAGACCUUAGAAAGAGCUUUAAAAGAUUCAGAUAUUGUUUUAGCCACAGGAGGACUAGUAAGUAGACCUGGAAUAUCGGAAGAUGCAUGGAUGGCUACGAAUAUAAAUUUUAUUAAAAUGCUCGUUCAAAAGGUAGCAAAAAUAUCUCCCUUACCAAUGGUGGGUAUUCUCACAGAUCCUGUCAAUGUUCUGGUACCUAUGGCGGCAGAAAUUAUGAGGAGUAGCGGACAGUACGAUCCUAAAAAGUUAUUUGGGAUCACAACUGUUGACCAUCUCAGAGCUCAAACUUUGUACGCAAUAGAACACAAUCUACACCCUCGGGAUUGUAUACUUCCUGUUAUUGGUGGGCGAUCAGGGAAAACGGCGAUACCUCUGCUGUCACAGGCCAAGCCGCGAUGCCAAAUGAAUGAGAAGACUAUCCAAGAAUUCACAUCUAGAUUUAGGCAAUGUGACGAAAACAUUAUCGAAGCAAAGAAAGGAUGGUCGGCCACUCUGUCAGUCGCGUAUGGCGCGUUGAUGUUCACUCGCUCAAUCAUCGACGCUCUGGAUGGACGACCGGCCAAGGUAGCUGCAUUUGUAGAGAACAACGACUUUGGUAGUCAUUUUUUUUCUGGUAUUGUUAACGUUAACCAUAAUGGUGUAACAAAUAUGCAAAUGUUUACUGAUCUAUCUAAAUACGAAUGCCAUUUGCUGGAACGCAGUAUUGCACAAAUCAGACAAGAAGUUUCAAAAGGAAAGAAGAUUUUAGAAUUGGCAUAGACUUUACUGUGUCUGUUACCAUUUUCCGUUUCAAAACCAGUAUAUAUUUGUAAAACAUUCGUGAACAGCUUAAUAAAUACAAUAAUUCAAAAACGAUUUACGAAUUACUAAAAUCAUUUAUUCACAUAGUUUUUUACAAACAUCUCAAUAUCAACUAAAGAAAAAUUAAUUAUAUCACAGAGAACAAUCAAAUAAGAAUUCAUUUAAGUUUUGACUAUGAAAAUAAUAUUCCAUUAAAGACUCAUUUUAAUCUAGGAAUCAUAAUAUUGAACACCUUUUUGGCCAUUCAUUUAAUAUUCAUAUUCUUAUGAAACAAUUAUUAUCUAUAUCAAUCAUAAAAAGACAAUGAUAUGCUCGUAGAAGUAGUCAUCAUAUUUUGAGUAAAAGUAGCUCUCAAAUCGAUUAAAUAAUACGCAAUAACACUUAUCGACAAACAUACCAGUUAUUUUUUGACCUAUGAAAAUAAGUUACAAGGUAAUUAAUACACACAUUUUCCCACUAGUUGCUGAUAUCACUUAUUACGAUAUUUUCAUGAAAAUUAUAAAAUGCUAAAGUAGUACCAAAAAUAAUUUUCUAUAUUUAUACUCGUAACAUAGGCAUUUUUCUUGGACACAGAUGGACGCCAAAGUAGACUAAAGGAAUGUACUCAUACGCUUGGAGUGAAUGGAUAUAUAUGCUCAAGGCGGGAUUUUUUUUCUGAAAACUUUAACUUGGAAAAUUUAACAAACUGCAUUUGAUUUUUCUAUAAUUAUAAAGCAUCUAUAAAAACCAGUAAUACUUAGUAUCCGAAAAUGUAGUUUUAUGUUCUAUGUUCAACGUACGUGUUCAACAAUGUUUUUGCGACUUGUAGAAUAUAAUUUAGCGUAGCAUUAUAAUUAAAAAAUAAACUAAGAAGUAAAAAGCAAUAUACCCAUGCAAAAAUUAUAAACAAGUGCAACAUACCUCGCCCCUUUCGGGGCAUGACUCCUUGGGCUUUCGGUAAAAAUACACCCCUAAUAUCUGUUAUAUAAACCGGUAAUUGUAGGUUAACAUAAAAACAAGAAUAAAUUUUAAAACCAAGCCUAUUUGCAUCAUUGUUGCUAAUAAGUAAAAGCGCUGAACACUAAAUCGUAGCAGUAAAAUAGCUAAAAAAAUUUAAAUAUUUCCCUAGCGGAAAUUAACUAUUAUACAAAGAUCUACACCCCGUUCCCUAACUCCAUGAGCGAGAAUACGUUUUGUUAUAAAAGCCCUCCAUCUCGACCAGUUCACGUAGUAUAAGUACGUUCCCUCAUUACAACCAACACUAAACACAAAUUGUAUAACAAUCUUGUUACCAUCUAUUUCGUGUUAUAUCGCUUAUCUCAAUCAAUAACUUUUAUAAAACGGUGGGAAUGUCAAUGUAUAUAUAUGAUAAAAACCAACCCAUUCAGUUGCGGGAACGAAAUUCAAUAAUGAUUGAAAAUUAUGGAAUCACCAAUAUAAGAGAUUUAUAAUCAAUGGAAACACAAAAAGACUUAAAUAAAAAAUAAUAUAUAUAUAUAUACACAAAUAUCCUUAAUGAAAAAGAGUGCCAUGGACAAAUUGGAUUUUUGCAGUAUAGGUUGCGAAAGCAAAAUAGAUUAAAUAUAAUAUAUAUGUACAAAUAAUCAAUCUUUAAAUGGAGUCUUCGUUUUGUUCAUAAAAAUAGAUUAUUAGAAAUAUUUCAACUGAUUCUUCUUUAAAGAAUGUAAUGUAAUGUAGAAAGACAAUAACACAUACGGUUACCACAA